GUCGCAUGUCGGCGGCAUGAGCCGCUUUACUUGUGUCGAGAGUGACCGGGUGCUCUCGCUGCUCAGCGAAGCCAUCGAGAAGCUCCACCUGCUCGCGACCGUGCCCGCGCCGACACUCGACGUCAACAGCAACCACCUCGCUGCCGUCGCGCUCAAGACUGUCCGUAGCCAGCUCGACGGCGAUGCCGCUUUCGCUCUCGACAACCACUUUCUAGCGGAAGACGACUUGCUUCGGCGCUUGACGCAGCCAGAUCGCAUCGAACUCAAUUCCGAGGCCGACGACGCGGCGUUCAGCUUGGCCAAGGCGACCACCCGCGCGCUCUGUCGAGCCUUGUAUCGGCACGCGCAGGGCGCAAGUGUCUUGUUGGCGGAGCACACGAGCAACAAGAGCAAUUACAACAACCAAAGCACCAACAAUGAACCCGGCCUCUCGGCGUUGGCGGGGCAUGUGGCUGCCGUGCGGGACCGUGUCCGCGCCACGCUCAGCACGUCGGUCGAAGAAGACGACGUGCACCGUGCACUCCUUAGCGACAUGAAGGUCCGGAUCCGCGAAGCCGAGCACGACUACAAGCAAAUGCUGUUUGAAGUUCGCGCGCAGCACGAGGCCCGCGACGCGGCGAGUCGACAGAAUCUCAAGAAAAUUCUCGCCCUCAAAACGGAGCUCCACGACAUCAACCAUGGCACAGAACAAGCCAACGCGCUCAUCGACCAAGACGCCAAGCAAGCCGAGUUUGGUCUCCUCAACGCGUUUGAAGAAGAUAAUGCACGGAUCCGCGACGAAGUGUCAACACGCAACGUCGCCCAAGGCCAAGUGCAGGACCAGCACCACUACGUCGAGUCGGGCCAUCGAAAAAAGAAGCUCAAAGGCGCCGUCGAGCUCGGCAGCCUCUUGGAGAGAGGACAUCGAUGCGAUGCGGGCUGCGGGGCGUCGGACGCCGCAGAAAUUGACCGGCUCGUCGAGCACUUUGCCGUCAUGGACGAGAACGACCGACGCACGGCCGCCGAUUUGGCGCGCUGGGACGACGAGCGCAAGUUGCGCGAGUCCAAGGACGCCAUGGCAUUUCGGUACAUUGCCAAGAUCCAGGCCCACUUUCGCGGGUACCGAACACGCAUGCAGCUCAAGGCGGCGCACAAGAAGAAGAAGAAGAAGAAGACGAAAAUCAAACAAAACGCGACAAAAGGGAAGCGGUAA